AUGGUACCAACCCUCGCUGAUCAGGUCACAGUCGACCAAGUCGGAAAAGGCGAAUAUGUCUCCCGCCUCAACCCCGUCCGCAUGGGCAACGCCAUGCCAAUCGCCUACGGAGGAUGUACAGCAGCCGUCGCUACUAACGCUGCCUGCCGUACCAUUCCUCAGAACAUGUCCCUCUAUUCCCUCCUCGGCCACUUCCACGGCCCUGCGUCCACCGAUAAGAAGCUGCACUGCAGCGUGACCAACAUCAGAGACACUCGCUCCUUCGCCACCCGCAGGGUCCAGGUCAAGCAGCAGCAGCCCAACGGCGAGUUUCGCGUUUGUAUGGAGGUGCUGGCCGACUUUCACGUCAAAGAGCCCGACACCCUGGUUUACUCUGUUCCUACAUGCUCGGCGUGGCCCAGAGCUGAGGACUGUCCCGACCUGGGGACGCUGAUCAAGGGCUUGUUGGACAAGGGUAGUGUUACUGAGAAGCAGGGCAACGAGUUUGCUACAUCUUUUAGUGCGAAUGCGGAUUUCUUCGAGACCAGAUACUGCACAGAUGGCGUCUCCGCGCAAAACCUCUCAGGAGCCUCGAAGAAGGCCGUCACAACGCAGGACGAUCGCCACAUCACCGAGAAAGUAUCCGCAGAGUGGCAGCGAGCACUGGGGCCACUGGAGACGUCAGUAGACAACAUGAGCGCCCUUGCAUUCCUGAUGGACGGCGGGCUAUCCUUUCUGCCAUUGAGCCACGGCCACAUGUGGUUCGACGACACAGCGGCAUGUUCCACUCUGGACUUUGCACUGCGCAUUUUUGUUCCCGAGGUCAAGAUGGGCGACUGGCAUAUCAGAGAACGUAAGACGUCGCGAGCUGGGGGCAAUAGGACGUACUCGGAGGGGAAGUUGUGGGAUUCGCAUGGAAGUUUGAUUGCUUCGAAUACUCAACAGUCUAUCAUGAGGAUGAAGAAAGGGGCCAGUGUGCCUAAGCUUUGA